AUGAACGUUGUGGACGUAGGCGAAGUCAUUCACAUGUGUUUGAAGGACGAUCUGCACAUGAAUGCCCUCAUGGCCGCAGUCACGAUGAGGAUGCAGAUUGUCCACAAUGCCGGACCGGGAACACGUCAGUUCACAGCCCAGCAGCAUGCAGCAAAGGCCAUCGCAGGUCUUAGAAAACGUCUGAAGGAUGGUAACAGGCGGACAGACGAUCACGCACUAGACAUGCUCUUUCUCGCUGCUUAUGAACUAUAUUGCUUCAACGUCGAAGGCACACGAGCACAUCUUCAAGCAUUGAAGUCCAUGAAAGCCGAAAGAUUUCUCAACCCUCACAUCCGGACGUUGUUCCGCAAUAUCGACCACUUCACAGCCACGGCAUCUCUUUCAAAGCCAACCUUGCCGAUCACGUGGCAAGAGCACCAAGCGCCCUUCAAGGCAAUUGAGACCAGACUCGCUUCCGAGCAGCCAUUAGGCACGUUUGUCGGUUCGGCCUUCUUCUUGCACACGGACAUUCUAGACCUUACUACCCUUGAGAUCAUCCAAGACAUCAUAGCCUGCGCCGAAGCUGCUGAAUCAUGUCGAGAAAGGCUCACAAAUGCUCAUCGUGGAAUGAAGUCAAAAGCUCGCAUUCCACCUGGUCUGUCAGAUGCCCGAAGACCAGGGCUCAAGUGUCGAAGUCACGACCAAAGAAUGCCGCAUUAUUGCCAUCCUCCGGUUGGAAUGAUGAGUUCGGCCGACAAACCUGAAGGAAGUGAAGAUGCGAGAAAGAUGAACGACUUUGAAACCACCAGUCGAAGCAACGCCUAUUGGGAACUUAUCCUUGGGAUCUGUGCCGUGGGGAUUGUCUGUGCUGUCGACGCCGAUGAUACAGAAUGGUGUGCUUGGACAUUCAUGAGGAUUGCUAAACCAUUGGGGAUCACCACGUACGCAGAUCUGUGCGAAUGCCUAUGCCGGUAUCUUUGGCUGGACAAUUUUGAGGUUGUUGAUUCUUAUGUGAUGGCGAAUUUAUUCAAUCCCAAAACCCAAUCGAUGGCUUUACGAACAGUGAUUGGACGGGCCUAUGUGACAAAAUAUGUGCAACGCGAGAAGAAGAGCUUGACCAGAAUCACCAAUCGGUCCAGCAAUUGCUACAGACCGGGCGCCUGA